GGCCGUUUUCAUUAUAACAUCUUAAAUUCUUCCAAGCUUCUAGUGCUAGUUUCGAUUAAAUGAAUCCAAUUGUUCGUAAUUAUCUAUUCCGGCACCCACGAAGAAUAUCGACAAGAUCAUCAGAAUCUAAAGUACAGCCGCGACUGAACGUUGGAUUGGAUUCCCUUCGGAGUGUUUCUUCGGGGUCUAGGAUCACGAGCCGGAGGGAGGACAAGCUUGGUUCUCAGUUGAAGGAGGAAGAAAAGAGAGGGGAGAACAUUAAUCGAAAAGAGAUGGGAAAGGAGCGAAUUGCAAUAGAUGGCGGGGGAAAAGAUGGAAAAAACAUAAAGCAAUAUCUAAGCCACAUAGAACGGACGGCAACAGAACCAAGGGAUGAAUCCCUUCAUAACUUGUUCCUCACACACGUGACAAGAAUAAACUCUACCACUCGUCUCUUUUAUUUCUCAUCUCUUCAUUCCGCAUCUAACUCCUCUCCGAAACCCCUCACCUGGAAACCCGGGCAAUGGAUUGAUCUAUAUCUCCCUGGAAUACAGAGACCUGGGGGUUUUAGUAUUGUGAAUAUUCCCUCUUCCCAAUCUUCCCCUUCAAUCGAUGACGUGAAUGAGGAGAGAGAAAACGGUAUCGAGUUAGCGAUUCAAAAGCCCAUUUUGAAAUUAAAUUCCGAGGGAAAAAUAAGUGAACAGGUAGCCUGGUUAUUCCAGUCUUCAUCAGAAAUUCUUGGAAAGGAGGUUGCGGUUAGAAUUGGAGGAUCAUUUACCUGGCCUCCUUCUUGUUGGGAUGAGAAGGAAAGCAAAGAGUAUCGGAAGGAGCGGGUGGAAGAUGGAAAUAGGGUGGUGUUUAUAGCAGGCGGAAUGGGUAUCAACCCUUUGAUGAGUAUGAUUUCUUGUAUUCAUGCCGAAUUGAAAGAGAAUGGAAGGAGAGGAGAGCGGAAGAGAGGAAGUAAAGAAGGAAAUGGAACAAUCGAGGGAAAUGCGGAGGAGAAUAAAUGCGAGAAUUUUGAGGUUAAAUUUCUCUACAGCACCAAAGUGCCGGCUUCCAUUCCAGCAGGAGGUGAACGAAGAGAAGGAGAGACAGGAGAAGAGAUAUUGUUUCUCGAUCGUUUACAAAAAAUCUUCAAGAAAAGAGAGAAAUGGGAUCUUCAGCUUUUUGCCACUGGCUCUUCCCACAACACUACCGAGCUUUCAAAGGCAAACGCAAACUCAAAUAUGAAAACACAUCAUCGAAGAAUAUCCAACCUUGACAUCGACGUUGUGCUAGGAACAAAAGAGGAGAAAGCACGAACGAUAGUUUACAUAUGUGGACCGCCCACCAUGACUGAUUCCAUGGUGUCUUAUGUUCGAAAUCUUCCUGGUAUAGAUCCCUCGCGAGUUUUAUGUGAGAAAUGGUGGUGAACUCAUGUCAAACUUUUCGAGGAAAUCCUUACCGGGAGGAUUUUGAAGAACGCAAUGACGGUCCAGCACAUCGUCAUACGUUUUAUAGUUUGAUAUAUACCCACCAAUAUCAUGAGAGUUUGGAGGGAUAUUAUAUCUUGUUAGUAGCUCUGUAACCACUGAUAUUUUUUAUCAACGAUUUGAUGAUAUCAUAUACGGGUUAUCAGUGUUUCAGUGGACACUCCUGCCUCUUACCAACACCUUGGUAGAUAAUCAUAAACAUUAUCAGUAAUUUGAGGUAUAUUCAUACAAUUUAUCAGCGUUUUUAUCGACACUCAUACCUCUCUCUCAUUAACAAGUUUAUGCACACUUACAUAUCUCACCAUCUGAAGAUAUAUUCGCACAUUUCAUCAUGUUCCUAGUGCAGACUCAUACAUUUUAUCAAAUUCCAUCCAACACUCAUACGAGAUAUUCAGAAAGAUCGUGAACGUAAUCAUGCAAAUGAUUGUUUUAUACACUCAAUAUGUCCCA